AUGUUCUUGCAUGUUCACAACAUGCCUGACGCCCUCCUCCAUAAGCUUGGUCAAAACCAUAGACCCAGCAUUGUCCUUGAGGUGGACGUUGUAGUCCUCAAGUACAAGCUUGUUGACAUUAAUCUUGCUCACACCAUGCUCGAUACACUUUUGGCAGUGAGCCUAAAUUCAACCAAACGCACAAGUCAGCACAUCAUAUUCAAUCGCACGCUCAAAAUAGGACCAACAGACCUAGCAAAAUCAAGAUCAGGACCAUUGGGUCCAUAUUCGCCAUGA